AUGGCUCUCCUCGCGACCGCCUCCGCCGACAACACCAUAAACAUCUACUCGGUACCCGCUGAGCCGACGCCCAACACACCCUUUAAACUGCUGCGGACUCUGCGUGCCCACCUCGCCGGUGUCAACGCGAUCGCAUGGUCACCAGUCGGUCCACCGUACACACUGGCGUCAGCCAGCGACGACAAAUCGAUUCUUCUCUGGUCGCCCUUGUCGUCGGAUUUCCCAAUCUCGCCGUCUCCACUGGUCGGACAUAGCAACUACGUGUACUCUUUGGCGUUCAGCCCGAAAGGCAACAUGCUGGUGUCCGGGUCGUACGACGAAGCAGUCUUUCUGUGGGACGUGCGCGCGGGCCGGGUGAUGCGGAGUUUACCUGCCCAUUCUGACCCGGUAGGCGGCGUAGAUUUCCUACGCGACGGAAGCAUGGUCUGCUCGUGCGCGGGCGACGGGUUGAUCCGGAUCUGGGAUGCCGGCUCAGGCCAAUGUCUCAAGACACUGGUGGACGAAGACCGACGGCCGGUCACCAGCGUGCGGUUCACCCCGAACGGCAGGUUUGUGCUAGCAUGGACGCUGGACAAUUCGAUCCGCUUGUGGCGGUACACCGAGGGUGCCUGCGUCAAGACGUACCAGGGUCAUGUGAACCAGGAGUACAAUCUCAGCGGGACCGUAGGGAACUACUACUCGUCCACCAACCCUGGGGCUGGGGCUGAAGCGUUCCUGGCGAGUGGCAGUGAAGAUGGCGACGUGGUCGCGUGGGAUGUCACGAGCAAGGAAACCCUCUGGCGCGGCAAGGGACACAGUGACGUGGUGUUAUCUCUAGAUUUCGGCAGGACCAAGGCCGGCCAGGGCCUUUUAGUCAGCGGAGGCAAGGACCGCGAUUUGCGCGUGUGGAGUCUCGAUGGAGAAGCCGAGCGAAGAAGACAAGAUCUUGCAAGAGCAGGCAGUGAUGAAAUGGAUCCCAACAUGGGCAUGGACAUGGAUGUCGACAUGCAGGCGCCUGCUGAAGCAGAACUAGAUCUGAACAAUGACCAAACAGAACAGGACAGACACAGAGGGCCGGAACGGCCGGAACAGAAGCCGGCUGCUGAGAAUGGAACCGCUAUGGACGUCGAUGUCAACACGCCGGGGCUGGAGACUACAUGA